UUCCGAAGGAGUGUGACCAGGAACGGUUCUCGACGGUCCACGGAGAUCGCGUCGCGUCGCGUGGGUCUUCGCAAGGCCGGGUGUGUGUGCCGAUCGCGAUCACGAUCGAGUGGAAUAACAACACAGUGAUCCCGGACGUUGAAUUACGCGUCGGAUCUCGUGCGGUCAGAUGAUAGAUCGCGCGGCCGUAAAAGGGAAAUUGCCGAGGAUCGCGUGAACCGGUCGCGUGUACCGACCACCGACAACCGCACCGCGCGGUCGCCUGAAAUUUUCUCGGAACAUAUUUUCGUAAUCCGCGUCUCCCGCUGACACCCGUCUGCACGGCAGGACGUCGAUCGACCGGGCCUUUACCUACCUUCGGCGAAGUGACGUGACCAAGGGACUUCCGGUUUCCGCGAGCGAGCGCGAAGUGCUUCUCUCCGACGUUGCUGGACAUUGUCGACGAGAGAAGGAUCCUUGGUGGUCGGUUUAUCGAUCGAUCGAUAACCCGCGGCGGAACGAAUAUUGAACCGACCCUUGUCACCUACCGGCGGAAAAAGAUCUGACUUCGAAAUUUUUGGAGCAAGCCCCGGCUAUAGUCCCACGCUGUGCCCUGUUUUCAAUUGGUCACGGACUGUCCCGCGCAAGUCACGGGACCACAAACGGAUUAUUAUUAAUCUUCGUCGUGACGAGAAAGAGAACCGCAUGGCUGCCCGCAGUUACUUGUGACACGUAACAAAGUGACAAACGUGAAUGUUCAAUAGAUUACGCAUUAGGCUGCAAUUUUUACCGGAUGCGCUCCAAUUUCUGUGACGUCUACGUGAAGGGCACGUUCUUAUUCGUAAAAAUAAAGGUGCGCACUGUAAAUCGACGUUUAUGUCGGCGUCGUUUAGUUUCGGAGGAUCAAAAGUGCAUCAUGCAGAGUGGUGGUAAAAUUUGUACGUCGUAAAGUGCAGUGAAUGAAUGCGGUGUCGAUUGAAACGGUCGGGCGUUCUGCAAAAAAAAGAGAGAACGCCAGCGAUGCCCGAGGUGGCUACUGUCCGCAACAGACGACGGUCAGACCGUGCGAAUCCAAGAACAAGCGCACUUUUUUUCCUACCCCUCGCGCGUAGCGUGGUGUAAACUGCGGAGGACAGGUGCCGAUGGUUGCCUUCCUCAUUCGCCUCAUUCGUCGUAUUUCAACGGCUCCGUGCGCCCGCGGCGAGGAGGUUUAAUUUGGGAUACCGUGGGCUUUCGCGCGCUUUGUCGUAACGCGGGCGCGCGCCAUCCAUCGACGUCGCCGGGUCUCUCCCCUUUGAAGUCCAAACCGGAAGGAUCGUUUAUACGAAGGCGAAUAUACGCCUCUCUCUCUCUCUGUGUUUCUCUCUCCCUCACCCGGGGUGAGACUCGAGACUCCAGACGACGUUGUGCGUAUAUGAUCGCGCCGCCGCGAUCGUUUACCCGGCGCCCUCGACGCGCAGCGCAGAUCGCGACGUAGGUCGCGGGUCGUCGCCCACGUCUCCCACGUUUCGCUCUCGUCGAUGACAAAGAGAAGAGAACGCUCUCCUCCAUGUGCGAUCCCACCGUGUUGCUGGAUCUAGUGCCGGGCGAGGGAUUACUCAAGAGGCCGUCCAUGGAUUACAACGAGUACACGUACUGCUACGGCGGUGGUCGAGGGUGUUUGUUGGACAGUUCGGCACCACGGGGCCCGCCUGAUGUGCCACCCCGUAACCCCGCAAUGAGCCGGCUCAACGGAAGACUGCCAGGAAGUCACGCAGCGAGCGAUCACGAACGCGAUCCCGAUCUCGAGCCAUCCUGUCUCGUACGCACCCCAUCCGGUAACUUCUACAAUAUACCAAAGAUACCGAAGAAUGAAUACAACAACAAGAAUCAGUCCACGGGGAACAGUCCAAUAAAGGUGGAGCUGCAGAACAACAUGGACAGAGUACCUUUACCUUACGGGCACGCCCCGUCGAUGAUCCCGAUGAGGAGACAAAGCAUCCGCUGUCAUUUCCGCAAGGGAAUCGAUUGGUGCAGCUGGAAACUAAUUGCCAUAGUAGUAAUUAUGCUCUCGCUCUGCUUGACCGCGGCAUUAACCUACGUCGCAGCGUCCAAUUUAGUGAACUGGUCGUACCAAGGCACGAAGGCGUGCACAGUGCUGGUGGGCGAGAACACCGACGCCAAGCCGUCGUCGGGCGAGGCGAACAAGACGUCCACAUCAUCCACGUCAACGUCGUCGCAGUCGAGCGGCCGGACGCGGCAGCAGUCGUCCUCAGGAGGUAGUAUUAGCACGUCGGAUAGUAUGUUGCUAGAUGGUGUCGUAUAUAUAUACAACCGCAAGCGUAGGGACACGUUUAACGAGCAUGCGUUGCACCAAACUAUCGCGCCACCACCACUCUCUCGUGACCCCGAGGAGCUGCCCUUGACCCCGAUCGAGGCGGAGACCUCGGGGUCCGGGCAGCGGUCAGUCCCGUUGCAUGAGGAGGAGUCUCCUGGUAAGGUUGUGCAUGAUCCGGAGCAUGUGGACAGUCAAAGUCCGGUGAGAGGAGCCAUCGACCGCAAGUCGAUCGAAGCUGCCGAGGCCGCCGAGGACGCGCCGCCGGAGUCACCGGGAUCGACGGCUCUCUCGCGGACGAUGCAGCUUGUCGUGAAUGUCUCUUCUACCGCUACUAACUACUCGCACGAUCGUUCGACUCAUACCACUGUCGCCAACGACCAUCUCGCCUCUUCGUCCUCUGUCUCUGUCGACUCUGGCAAUUCUCUCGCGUCUGCUUCCGUUCGCCAAUCACCUCGUAACGAGACGUCCGGCACGAGCCCGCGAUCGACGCAAGACGCUUCCGCGAAGUACACCCCGAAGUUCCCGGUCGCCGACGUCGACGUCGACGUCGUCGCCGACGUCGAGACGCAGCGUCGGGAUGAGGCGCACGCCGCCUCGAAAGCCCCGAUAGCGAAACUCAGCCGCGAUGACUCCGCGGAUUUCGACCGCGAUACCGAUAACGUUGGCACGUCCGAAAGUUCGGACAUUGUCGAAAGCAGCGGCGACACCGAGGCUACGACGUCUGCAUCCGGCGCAGAGUCCGCGAAACUUGGCGCAGAUAGCAGCGACUACGGCCAAGUAGUCGGCGGAACUGCAGAAAAUGGCAGUAACGUUUUCCCCGUCGAUUACAGCGAUAAUAUAGACGAUAGCACUGUAGAGCCAACAACCGUAACAGAGAUACGCUCGAGCGAGUUAACGCAGGAUCAACAAUCGAACGUAAGUAAUUCUGAUUCAAGUGAAGAUUUAGUUCCCAUAGAAAUGAAUCGGAAAGAAGUAGACGCUAGCACGGUUUCGCCUAGUACGAGCGUAGAUAAUAAAACGAUGCUUAAUGCUCUGCCGAAUAAGGGUGAAAACAUCGAAAGGCCUAUGGAAGAUGUAAUCGAGAUCGAAGAUCCUGAUGUGUACGAAGAGAAAAUUAACUUGGAUGAAAAUGAGAAAUCGGCCAUCUCUGCGAAGAACGACGGUAACUCGAGGACGACAAAUGUAAUCGCGAAAUCGCAGUUGUCCGACAUCGUGAAAGAAAUGCGGGAGCUCUCCAGAGAAUUUUCCUCCUCCGAAUCCGAAGCUUCAUCCAAUUUAGCUAAAACUUCCGAACAGUCUGAAGAACUUCAGAGAGACUAUCCCGUGCCGAUUUACAGCUACGGGCAGGACGAGGUGGAGAUCAUCAACCUCCAACACAAGAAGCGACCUGUCGAAGCCGCAAAAGUGGAACGCCCUGCUAAUUCACCCGAAUCCACGAUUCUUGACAACGACAUAAAGAUGAACGUCGCUCUUCGACAGGAACGGCAUAAAGACGAUUUACGGAUCAUCGAGAGAGAAAAGAGCGACGAAGAGUUCCUUCGGAAUUUCAAAGAGCAGUUCCACGAGGCUGACGAAUCUGUUGAAAACUCCCCAUCGAUUAAGACUAAUUAUAACUCCCCUCCGACGGGCACCCUGCAUGAAACGGUGCAUGAUUCAUCGGGCGACGCAUCACCCAGGUUCCCUUCUCGAUCCGUUGACCCCCCGUUGACCCAACGGGUGCAGAUCGUGGAGGUGCCCGUGUACCGCGAUCAUUCGCAGCCGUCGUCUUCAUCGUCCUCAUUCUCAUCGCCAUCGCAUCGAGUGCUCAUAAACGUAACGAUCGCCACCGAGGAUUCGUCCGCCGUUUCCUCGCGGCCGCUGUACGUCCUGUCGGUGUCAGUGCCGACGGAGAGCGGUGCGAUUAGCCAUUCAUCCGGGAUUAACGUCGACCAGGCGCAGGUGCGCACGGCCGAGCGGCUAUCGGAGCCGUCCGCAGCGAGCAUGAAAAAAAUCCCUGCUAACGACGACGAGUCGAUUGACGCGGUCGAUACGCGAUUACCGCCACCGCCGCAGCCACCUGCCUCGCCACCGGCGCCGAUCUGGGCCGGCGGCGAGUGCGAGUGCUCCUGCCCCUGCAUGGGCUCAUCCUCUGACGAGUGGGACAACUUUUCAGCGUUGGACGACGACCCCGAGCUCGAGCGGGAGCUCGAGAGCGUUAACUCCGCUCUGUUAGCCGAGAAUUCCCCUGAGGUGCCGGGGGAAAGACUGGCGGAUAAGAGGGACGGAGAAUUAUCCGCAAAAGAUUCGGUAAGGCCUGACGCGUCUUCCACCACUGAAGACUAUUAUCCCUCGUCGACAGACGACACCGUACAGAGUGGCGAGUCAACCAGCGAGACCACCCCCGCGUCGACUUACGAGCCGGAAGUAAGCACUGAUGCGUGGUCUUGCUCUGGGAGCACUCCGCUACCCCCAGAGCCCACUAUACUGAUUCUCGAAGGUGCGCGAACCUUUCCGGCGAGGUCUUUCCCGCCCGACGGAACGACCUUCGCUCAGGUCGGUUUAGGGCAGAAGCUCAGCAAGGAGAUACCGCCGUACGGCUACUGGAACAUGCAGUUUUACCAAUCGGAAGCCGCCUACGUUCGCUUCGACUACAGCAUCCCGCGCGGAGCGAGCAUCGGCGUGUACGCGAGGAGGAACGCGCUGCCCACGCAUACGCAGUACGACCUACUGGAAGUUCUCAGCGGUUUCAAGGCACGGACCACCAGGGCGUCCCAUGUUAGUGUUGUUCCCUCGAUUAAGAAAGAGGUAACCCAGUAUAUGGAGCCGGGACAUUGGUUCCUUUCGCUUUAUAACGACGACGGAGAUCCUCAUGAAGUCUCGUUCAUCGCCGUGAUCGCCGAGGAUAUGACGCACAACUGUCCGAACGGCUGCAGCGGCAAGGGCGAGUGUCUUCUUGGUCAUUGCCAGUGCAAUCCCGGUUUCGGUGGCGAAGACUGCAGCGAGAGCGUCUGUCCUGUCCUUUGCAGUCAAAGAGGUGAGUACAUAAACGGCGAGUGCCAAUGCAAUCCCGGCUGGAAGGGCAAAGAGUGCUCCCUGCGACACGACGAGUGCGAAGUGCCCGACUGCAACGGCCACGGCCAUUGCACCAAUGGUAAAUGCAACUGUGUACGCGGCUACAAGGGGAAGUACUGCGAGGAGGUCGACUGUCCGCAUCCGACUUGCUCGGGUCACGGUUUCUGCGCCGAGGGCACGUGCAUCUGUAAAAAGGGCUGGAAAGGAGCCGACUGCAGUCAAAUGGAUAAGGAGGCACUGCAGUGCUUGCCGGACUGCAGCGGCCAUGGAAAUUUCGAUCUGGACACCCAAACCUGCGUCUGCGAGCCCAUGUGGUCCGGUGAUGAUUGCUCGAAAGAACUGUGCGAUCUUGAUUGCGGCCCUCACGGGCACUGCGAGGACAACGCCUGCGCUUGCUUGCGUGGCUGGUCCGGCGAGCUGUGCAAUCUGAAGGAAUGCGAUCACCGCUGCAACGAGCACGGACAAUGCAAGAAUGGCACGUGUCUAUGCGUCACCGGAUGGAACGGAAAACACUGCACGAUGGAGGGAUGUCCAAAUUCCUGUUCCGGCCACGGACAGUGCAGGGUAUCGAACGACGCACAGUGGGAGUGUCAGUGCUAUAGCGGUUGGGAUGGCAAGGAUUGCAGCGUGCUCUUAGAACAAAAUUGCAACGACGGACGAGACAACGAUAAAGAUGGUCUUACUGAUUGCGCCGAUCCGGAAUGUUGCGCCAAUCACAUAUGCCGUACCAGCCAGCUGUGCGUUUCAGCUCCUAAGCCAAUCGAUAUAUUACUACGGAAACAGCCGCCCGCCAUCACCGCAUCCUUCUUCGAGAGAAUGAAGUUCCUAAUCGACGAGGGCAGUCUGCAGAACUACGCUCGCCAGGAGACCUUCAACGAGAGUAUGUUCUGGAAUCACUUCAACACAAGCCGAUCGGCAGUCAUACGUGGACGCGUUGUCACGCAUCUCGGCACGGGAUUGAUGGGAGUGCGGGUCAGCACCAGCACGCCGCUGGAAGGCUUCACCCUCACGAGAGACGACGGCUGGUUCGAUCUACUGGUGAACGGCGGCGGUGCCGUAACUUUGCAAUUCGGCAGGUCACCCUUCAAGCCGCAGAGCCAUAUCGUCUUCGUGCCUUGGAACGAGGUCGUCAUCAUCGACAAGAUCAUUAUGAGCACUGCCGAGGAGAAGCCACCCAUACACGUUCCUCAUGCGUGCGACAUUCACGAUUACGAUCGCAUGAAGCCGGUCGUCCUGGCGACCUGGAAGCACGGAUUCCAAGGUGCCUGCCCGGACAAGAGUGCCAUCUUGGCGGAGUCGCAAGUCAUACAGGAGAGCUUGCAGAUACCCGGAACGGGCCUGAAUCUGGUGUAUCACAGCUCCCGUGCGGCCGGCUACCUCUCCACCAUACAACUGCAGCUGACUCCGGAGAAUAUCCCGCAGACGUUGAAACUGAUACACUUGAGGAUCACGAUCGAGGGUAUACUCUUCGAGAAGAUCUUCGAGGCCGAUCCCGUUAUCAAGUUCACUUACGCCUGGAAUCGCCUCAACGUUUAUCGCCAACGUGUCUACGGAGUGACGACCGCCAUGGUCAAGGUCGGCUACGAGUACAGCGAUUGCAAGGACAUCAUCUGGGACGUGCAGACGACGAAAUUGAGCGGUCACGACAUGUCUAUUUCGGAGGUCGGCGGUUGGAAUCUGGACAUUCAUCACAGGUAUAACUUCCACGAGGGUAUCUUACAAAAAGGAGACGGCUCGAACAUUUAUCUGAAGCACAAGCCGAGAGUCAUCCUCACCACGAUGGGAGACGGUCAUCAAAGGCCGCUGGAAUGUUGGAACGAGUGCGACGGGCAAGCUUCCAAACAGCGUCUCUUAGCGCCCGUUGCUCUCGCCACUGCUGCGGACGGCUCCAUCUUCGUCGGUGAUUUCAAUCUAGUCAGGAAGAUCCUCGUCGAUGGAACAGUUAGAACUGUGGUCAGACUAAACGCAACCAGAGUAUCAUAUCGUUAUCACAUCGCUUUGAGUCCUCUGGAAGGCACACUCUACAUAUCGGAUCCAGAAUCCCAUCAGAUCAUCCGCGUUCGCGACACCAACGACUACACGGAUCCCGAACAUAAUUGGGAGACAGUAGUCGGCUCCGGGGAACGUUGUCUUCCCGGCGACGAAGCUCACUGCGGCGACGGUGCUCUCGCGCGAGACGCUAAACUCGCUUAUCCCAAAGGCGUCGCCGUGUCUGCGGACAACGUUCUGUACUUCGCCGACGGCACGAACAUCCGAAUGGUCGACAGGGACGGCAUCAUCACCACCGUGAUCGGCAAUCACAUGCACAAAUCGCAUUGGAAACCUAUACCCUGCGAAGGCACAUUGAAUGUCGAGGAGGUCCAUCUUCGUUGGCCAACCGAAUUGGCGAUCAAUCCUCUGGACAACUCGCUGCACAUAAUCGACGAUCACAUGGUCCUCCAACUGGCGCCGGACGGUCGCGUUAAGGUCGUCGCUGGCCGUCCACUUCACUGCGCCUCGCCGUCGGCCUCGUACGACACGGAACUCGCGACUCACGCCACUCUGGUGAUGCCGCAGAGUAUCGCGUUCGGUCCGUCGGGCAAUCUCUACAUCGCCGAGAGCGACUCGCAGAGGAUCAACCGCGUUCGCGUGAUCGGCACCGACGGCAAGAUAUCGCCGUACGCCGGCGCCGAGUCCAAGUGCAACUGCCUGGAGCGUGGCUGUGACUGCUUCGAGGCCGAUCAUUAUUUGGCAUCCACCUCUAAAUUUAACACCAUAUCCGCUGUGGCGGUCUCCCCCGAUGGAGUAGUGCACAUCGGCGACCAGGCCAAUUACCGAAUUCGCUCGGUGACGGCGAGCAUUCCUGACGCGAGCGGUGCACGAGAAUACGAAAUCUAUGCGCCCGACACACAGGAGAUCUACGUGUUCAACCGGUUUGGACAGCACAUCGCUACGAAGAACAUUCUGACCGGCGAGACCGUGUAUCUUUUUACAUACAAUGUCAACACCAGCAACGGUAAACUCAGCACAGUGACGGACGCGGCUGGCAACAAGGUCUUCUUGCUUAGAGAUUAUAGCAGUCAAGUAAAUUCAAUCGAGAACACGAAAGGGCAAAAAUGCAGAUUGAGAAUGUCCAGGAUGAAGAUGUUGCAUGAGUUGAGCACGCCCGAUGAUUACAACGUCACCUUCGACUAUCACGGACCCACCGGCUUACUGAAGACAAAGCUCGACAGUACCGGACGUAGCUACGUUUACAAUUACGACGAGUUCGGUAGGUUGACAAGUGCGGUGACUCCCACGGGCAAAGUGAUCAGCUUAACGUUCGAUCUAAGUCUGAAAGGUGCCGUAGUAAAAGUCGGGCAGAAUAAUAGGAAACCUAUCUCAAUGUUGAUCAAAGGAUCGUCCGUCGUCACGAAGAUCGGAGAGGCCGAACAGAGGACGAUAGUUCUCGCGGAUGGUUCGGUCGAAAGAGUGACACCAUGGGCUCAUACUGUUAGCACCGACUCGAUGCCAUAUUCGAUCCUGGCAGAGAUCGAGCCACUGCUAGGCGAGAGCUAUCCCGUGCCAGCUAAACAGAGAACGGAGAUCGCCGGGGAUUUGGCUAAUCGCUUCGAAUGGCGAUACUUCUUACGAAAGAUCCAAGGAAGUAAGAAUCGCGGUAACACGAAGGCGAUCGCCCAGGUCGGCAGGAAGCUGCGUGUCAACGGCGAGAUCCUGCUGUCUCUCGAGUACGAUAGAGAGUCGAAUACCGUGGCCGUGUUCAUGGAUGAUCGGGUAGAAUUGCUGAACGUUACGUACGACAGAACGGCCAGGCCGGUCAAAUGGGGACCAAGAAACGGUAUCUUUGCCGGCGUCGAGCUGGAAUACGAUCGAUUCAGCAGAUUGACGAGCUGGACGUGGGGUGACAUUAGCGAAACUUACGGCUUCGAUAGAUCAGGCCGAUUAUACGAGAUUAAGUACAGCGACGGCACGUCGAUGGUGUACGCUUUCAAGGAUAUGUUCAGCAUCCUACCGUUGAAGGUCACUACGCCGCGCGGAAGCGAUUAUCUUCUUCAGUACGACGAAGCGGGAGCGUUACAGUCGUUGACUACACCAAGAGGACACAUACAUACGUUCUCUCUUCAAACUUCUUUCGGAUUUUACAAGUAUCAGUACUAUUCGCCGAUGAACAGACAUCCUUACGAGAUCCUUUACAACGACGACGGUCAGAUUCUCGCCAAGGUGUAUCCCCAUCAAAGUGGAAAGGUCGCUUACGUCUACGAUCAUGCUGGGAAACUCGAAACCACACUUGCCGGACUCUCUUCGAUACAUUACACCUAUCAAGAAAUAACAAGUCUGGUGCGCAGCAUUGACAUCAACGAGCCGAACUUCGAGAUGCGCAUCGAGUACAAAUAUCACGCCGGCAUCGUGAAGGACGAGAAGAUCAAGUUUGGCAGCAAGAGCGGCAUGGAUAACGCUCAUUACCGUUAUCAGUACGACGGCAACGCGCGCAUAUCCGGCAUCGAGGUCGACAUCAACGGCAAACAGCUACCUCAGCUUCGUCUCAAGUACAACCAGAAUCUCGGGGUACUAGAAGGCGUCAGCGAUCUCAGGAUAUAUCGAAAUCUCUUCAACAGAUCGGUCAUGCAAGAUAGCAGCAAAAAUUUCUUCACGAUCACGGAUUACGACGAGCACGGACGCGUCAAAACCGUGCUGACGAACAUCCGUUCGUUCGACGUGUUUCGCAUGGAGCUCGAAUACGACAAUCGCAAUCGCAUCAAGAUGAGAAGGCUCACGAUUGGAAAGGAGUCGAUGGAGAAGAAGGAGUGGUCCAGAAUGGAGAAGAUCACGUAUAACGCAGACGGCCACGUACUGGAAGUAGCAGACACGGAGAACAAUUGGCAGUACGCGUACGACGAGAACGGUAAUGUGAUCGGCGUGACCGAACAUAACGAGAAGAUCGUCUUGGGCUACGACAGCGGCGAUCGAGUGGUCCAGUACGGUGACGUUGAGUUCAAUUCGUACGACGGACGCGGCUUUGUCGUGAUUCGCGGAGAGCACAAGUACAGAUACAACUCGCGCGGCCAGCUGAUUCACGCAUCGGAGCACAAGAAAUUCCAAAUCUGGUACUUCUACGAUGACCGUGGUAGAUUGGUAUCCAUGAACGACGACCGAGAGAACAUCACUCAGUUCUUCUAUGCGAAUCCAAAGACUCCGGAUCUGAUAACGCACGUGCACUUCCCGAAAUCGUCCAAGACGUUCCGGUUCCUUUAUGACUCGCGCGAUUUUCUGAUAGCCGUGGAGACGUCCGAGCAACGCUUCUACGUCGCGACGGAUCAGAACGGCUCGCCUCUCGCUCUCUUCGACACCAACGGCAAUCUCAUCAAGGAGAUGCGGCGCACCCCGUUCGGCAAGAUCAUUAAGGACACCAAUCCGGACUUCUAUCUGCCCAUCGAUUUCCACGGAGGUCUCUUCGAUCCUAACACCAAGUUGAUCUACCUGAACAAGAGGCUCUACGAUCCGACUGUCGGUCAGUGGAUGACGCCAGCUUGGGAGCAGAUGGCCAACGAGCUCACUACACCUACCGACAUUUUCAUCUAUCGCUUCCGCAAUAACGAUCCGGUCAACUUUAAGCAGAACGUCGAGUACAUGACGGAUUUGGGAAGUUGGCUGAAGCUCUACGGCUACGACAUCUCGAUGAUGCUCGGCUCCGAGUAUACGAAGCAAAUGGUGUACCAGCCGAGCGCGACUGUCACAUCCCCGCAGCUGACUCCGGACUUCGGCGUGAUGUCCGGUCUGCAGUGCAUCGUGAAUCGUGUGCAAGAGAAAUUCUCCGACCUCGGUUUCGUUCCCAAGCCGUUGUUGAAAUUGGAACCGAAGACACGGAAUCUGCUGCCGCGAGUGGCACAUCGUCGGGCGGUCUUCGGCGAGGGUAUCCUGGUGUCGCGCGUCGGCGGUCGGGCUCUGGUGAGCGUGGUGGACGGCGUGAACAGCGUGGUGCAGGACGUGGUGACGUCCGUAUUCAACAACUCGUACUUCCUGCCGUUGCACUUCAGCGUGCACGACCAGGAUGUUUUCUACUUUGUCAAAGACAACGCGCUCAAGAUUCGCGACGACAUGGAGGAGCUCCAUCGGCUCGGCAGCAUGUUCAACGUGUCCACGCACGAGACGACGGAGCACAACGCGGGCACGUGGAAGGAGCUGAGACUUCACAAUCCGGACGCGGCCGUGGUGAUCAAAUACGGGGCCGAUCCCGAGCAGGAGCGGCACCGUAUUCUGAAGCACGCGCACAAGCGAGCCGUCGAAAGAGCUUGGGAGAUCGAAAAGCAGCUGGUGAUGGCUGGUUUCCAAGGUAGGGGCGACUGGUCGAAGGAGGAGAAGGACGAGCUCGUCAGCCGCGGGACGGUCGACGGCUAUGAGGGCGUCGACAUCCACAGCGUGCACAGGUAUCCCCAGCUCGCCGACGAUCCCGGUAACGUCGCGUUCACCCGCGACACCAAGAGGAAGAGGCGGAAGAGCGGCAAUAGGCGUAGCAGGACUCACAGGCACGACUCGUGAUUCGAGGACACCACGACGCGAGUUCGAAACAUCGCUUGGGACUUGAUUCGUGCGUGAAUUUGAGAAGCGAGUACGAUGGAACGGGAGGGAAACGGAGCAACGCGUCGAUAGAAAAAUCCUACCGCCGCGAAAUUGCGUUAAAGCUGCAAUUUACGCGGGCGGUCAGGCGACGUCGCUCCCUUUCUGUCCUCGAGCCUUCUCUCAGCCUCUUCUCCCCCCCCGCGCUCGUCGUCGAGACGCGUUAAUCUACCACGAGCGACCACGGACGCGUCCCGUGUCCGGUGCAACCUAUCCCGUCGAUGUGCCAUAAGCGCGUUCACGCGAUCGUGAUCUAUCCUAGAUUCCUAGAUCGAUCAAUCGUGCGUGCGAAGACGGCGGGUAUGGGAAACGGAUCGCGAAGUGUCAAAAUUAAGCUAGUCGCAUUAUUAACGAAAUGAAAAAUAUAAAGCUUGUUACACAUGGUGAUUAGUUUAUAGAGAAGGCAAAGAGACACGAGGGAGAGGGAAGGAGAGAGAGAGAGAGAAAGAGGUGAUGAAAAUCGACGCGUGGAAGUAUGACAAAAAUGCGUGCGUGAACUUUCAAAGUGCCGUCCGCGACGAAAUCCGAUAGUGUUUUCGCGAAAAGGAGGGAGUAUAGAGAGUGUGUCUUGGACUUUUUCGGAUCGUUGAUCGAGUAUUCGAGCUGAUGUCAUUCAACAGGGUCUACAAGACACGCGUAGGCACGCACGCGGGAGCGAGGUAUCUCGAGGUCACCGCGUCGAAGUCGGAAGAUGCGGGGCGAGAGGAUAAUUUUCAAUACAAAAAAAUAAUAAUAUGCCAACGUUCUUCGAACGUCCAGUUAUCUGACACUCUCGUCGGGAUGCUCUCACCUCGCAUCUCUGACCGAGACGUAUCCAUCCCGAGGAUGGAUAUGUCUGAACAAACUGUCCGUGGACGUCGUUAUAGAUCGCGUCGCAGAACGUAGGAAAAGCGAGAAAAAGAGAGAUUGAGAGAGAGCGAGAGCGAGCGAGAGAGAGAGAGAGAGAGAGAGAGAGAAAGAGACAAAGGAGAGCAGAUAUACAGCAGAUAUUUUUAACAAGGCGCAAAUUGGUGUACUAGAUGCGAGACAAGCAAUUGUAAAUAUAGCUACUCGAACUCUUAAUGGUAAAUGUAGAUAAAAUAUCGUAACGCGCGAGAACGAUCGUAAACUCAAGUGGAACUGUCGAUACCGCUUUUUUAUAUGUAUACAAAGAAAGAACGUGACACAUACACAUACAUACAUACGCGUGAAAGGUAUAGGAAUUUAAUUGUGCCCCCGUGAUAUACUCGAACGCAAGAAAUGGGGUAAGUCGCGAAGUUAUAUCGGACGCGUCGCGAUCUUUUCGGUAAAAAAAGAAAAAAACUAAAUAACGUGAGGGAGAUUCUAUCGGGAGAAAACGCGACGUUCGCACGGUUCACGUGAAAUCGCGACACAGGCCUACGCACGAUUGACACACACGUAAACACAUUAUCGCUUCGAAUCGGCCGGAUGUUAUAGCAUGAUCGGUAACGUUAUCUCCUUGAUUCUGCUGGCUUACGUGCAAACGCGUAACAGAAUGAACCGAGUGUAAAUGCGGCGUCUGAAAUCGAAGUCUAUCAAGUCCUUUAAGGUCCAUAAAAACUUAAUUUAUUUUUAAAAUGUAAUUUUUUUUAAAUAUUUUUAUAAAGUAAGUUUGUGGAAUUUUUCACAAUAUGUCAAGCAAGUGGAAUGAGACACGCUAUUAUCUCCAAUAAUAAAAUUAAUAAUCAAUGUGAAAAAGCUCUUAAUACGAAGUAUUAGCAAAUUGACGUUCAGAAAAUGAUCGAAAGUGAUCAAUUUCACCGGCUCGGAAUUGUUGCACUGCCCCAUUUAACAAUCCAAUUAUCUCACUUGAGCUUUAUAGAUAGAUUUCAAACUUGAUGAAUUUUGAUCGUGGUUGCCUGAGGUAUGAGCGAAUCUACCGAUUUGUCGUAGACAACGUAGACAUGUGUAAAUAGGUAUCGGUAUCACGGUAAACGUGUAAGAAUUAUCGCGGCGUGAUGUCGUCACGUAUUAAAAAGCGACGUGACACGACGUGACGAGACGAGUGACAGUCGUAACGGGAUGCGUCGAAGUAAUAAUGUCCAGAAGAAAUAAUAAUAUAAUAAAAAUAAUAAUACGAUAAGUAAUAAGAAUAAUAGAGUAAAAUAAUAAUAAUAAUAAUAAUAAUGCAAGAAAAAACGAUAAUAUUACCAUUGUACGGAAAAUGCCCCGCCUAUCUUUCUACUAAAAAUGAAAAAUUAUUUUUUGAAUUGUGUCGUCGAAGAAGUCCUAUGUAACCGUGUGUAUGUGGGAUCGCCCUGUGAAAAAGAACCUCACCCCCGCGCUCCACCGAAGAGAGCAUCCCGGCAAAAAAUAGUUGGAUUAACAAGAAUCGAUGUAUGCAGAGAGAUUCGUUUCGUCAAGUUAUAAAUUCUUAAUCCUCAAAAUAUAGGGAAUUGGUUUUGCGAUGUGAUUGAAUUCUUUCCCAUAGCCCGUAAUACGUAUUCAUUCAAUUCUUAUUGGGGGAAAAAAAAUUGGAAAUUUUCACGAAACGUUAAAAUACGAAAUUCUCCUUUAUACAGAAUUAAAUUUUACAUUGCAAUAAUUUCUCUCCUUUUUGUAAAUUACGAUACCAAGUACGUUUGAUUUUUUUGAACACAAUUUUAAGACCAAUCUCCUUAGCUUUGAAGAUCAGGCAUUUCAGCGAAAUAAAUUUCUUUCGAUUCAUCUUAAUUCACCUAUCUUUUACAGGGCACAACCUUAGCCCCUCCUCUCUGUAACUGAUAUAGCUGAACUCGUCGGUGUUUAUCAAUAUUGGGUAAAUAAGAAAAAAAAAAAGUAAAAAGUGUAGAGGUCUGUGGUUCAGGUCGAAUGAAGUAACCGACUAAUAGAAAGUAAAGAAUGCAAAAAAAAAACGAAUAACGCAUAAAAUAUAUAUAUUAUAUAUAUAUUAAUAUAUAUAUUGUAUAGGGGGGUACACGGUGGUGAGCCAACGUGCGAGCCCACGCCAGCUCCACCACAAUGUGUUCCACGUAGGCGAUAUAUAUAUAAUUAAAAGGAAAAAAUAAAAAUACAUAAUCAUACCUACAAACGUACGUAUUAGUUGACGAGUUAACGUGGAGUUUAGCGAACGAUUAAGGGAAUGUGCUAGUGAACCUUACAAAUAACAUCGCUGUACAUAUCUGUUGUGUAUAGCCGACAACACGCCACUGUCCCGCGAAAGUAGUCUUCACGUUCUCGCAUCACAAAAGAUUUUCUACGAAAUCGCAAGGUUUUUAGCGACGGAGCCUCGAUUGAUUUACGACACUUAGUUUUCAUGUGUGUACAAUAUAUAUUUUUAAUUCCACAUCAAAGUUACAAAAAUUCUAAGUUAUAUCUCUCUCGCAUGCAUCACUUUUAUGAAGAAAUAGAUAAAUUGGUAGGAAAA